UUUACCAUUGAGUAGAAACACAUUGAACAGUGAAGAUGAGUGGAAGAGGCAAAGGAGGAAAAGGACUCGGUAAAGGAGGCGCAAAGCGUCACCGUAAAGUGCUCCGUGAUAACAUCCAGGGAAUCACCAAGCCCGCUAUCCGCCGUCUGGCUCGCCGUGGUGGAGUGAAGCGUAUCUCCGGUCUGAUCUACGAGGAGACCCGCGGUGUGUUGAAGGUGUUCCUGGAGAAUGUGAUCCGUGAUGCCGUCACCUACACCGAGCACGCCAAGAGAAAGACCGUGACCGCCAUGGAUGUGGUGUAUGCUCUGAAGAGGCAGGGACGCACUCUGUACGGCUUCGGAGGUUAAACACACACCGUCCGUUAAUUGAGACCAAAGGCCCUUUUAAGGGCCACACACUUCAUCAACUUAAAGACAUGAAAUCCUGUAAAACUGCCAAUUUAUUAUAUAAUUUCAUGGUCAAGCAUUUAGAUUACAAUAUAUUUAUUAUUUUACAUUAAAUGCUCACGAACUAUAGAGCCAAUA